ACCCAGCAGUGGAGGAUGUCAGCGGAGGCCGAGCUCCAGCCGGGUGUCAAAACCAGCCAGCGAAAGGAGUCCAGGAGGAUCAAAGGUCAGGACCGCAGUGAGGCGGGGCUUAUUAAGCGUUUCCGUGGAGAUGGCGUGCGCUACAAGGCCAAGCUGAUCGGGAUUGAUGAGGUGACAGCGGCGCGCGGGGACAAGCUGUGCCAGGACUCCAUGAUGAAGUUGAAGGGAAUGGCGUCCUCGGCACGUUCCAAAGGGGAGCACAAGCAGAGAGUGUUCUUGACGGUCUCUUUCGGCGGGAUCAAGAUUUACUGUGAAAGAUCAGGGGUGCUUAUGCAUCACCACUCAGUCCACGAGAUCAGCUACAUCGCCAAAGACACCAGGGACCACCGGGCAUUUGGUUACGUCUGUGGGAAGGAGGGCCACCACAAGUUUGUGGCCAUCAAGACUGCGCAGUCGGCGGAGCCUCUCAUCAUCGACCUGCGCGACCUCUUCACGCUCAUCUACGACAUUAAACAGCGGGAGGAGAUGGAGAAGAAGGCCCAGAAGGACAAACAGUGUGAGCAGGCAGUCUACCAGACCAUCCUGGAGGACGAAGUGGACGAUCCAGUUUACCAGUACAUAGUGUUUGAGGCUGGACACGAACCCCUCCGUGGCCCCCAGUCAGAGGAGAGCGUUUAUCAGGUCCCAACCAGUCAGCAGAAGGAAGGGAUCUAUGAUGUCCCAAAACGCCAUUUCAUGACUAACAUUAACCACUUUGAUCUUUUCGGCGACAUGUCCACUCCUCCCUCAAUGCCCCCAUCACCUGCCAACACACUGGACCCCAGCAGGAGCAGCCGCCAGCAGCAACACACUCCUGCUGAGUUGUACGCCCCCUUCAGCCCCACCUCCGUGCCGUCAGGUUAUAUGACCAUGGGUCCGGUGCAGGCAGCUCAGUGGGCGCAGCAGCCGUUUCCUGGCCAGGCCCAGACUCUGGCCUUCCCUGUGCAGGGGCCCCUCCAGGUGGCUCAGGUCCUCCCCGGUGGUCAGCCGGUCAUCUGGAGCCAGGCCAACAUUUUUCCGGCCACUCAGCAGCAGUGGGCGGCCAUGGCGGCCUACAUGCCGGCCCAGACCGUGGGCGUGGGAGGGCACGCCAUACCAGCUGCCAUGCUGCAAGGCCUGGUACCCAUUACCACCAUGUGCCCCCAAGCCUGCGACAUAUCAGCCCCUUCCUCUGCCAUCACCAGCCCCCAGCACACGGCGGACCCCACCUUGCUUCAGAGGCAGCUCAGCCUGGGGAAGGAAGGCCUCGCCGUGGACUCAGAUGCAGGUGAGGGCCCCUCUACAUCAGGAGCCGCAGCAGCAGGUGUGGGACCUGGCGUAGCGUCAGCAGCAGUGAGCAGGUGUGGGACCCCAGGCCUCAUGACUGUACCGGACACACUGGUCUGCAGUCAGCUGCUGCCACCUUCAGCUGCUGUGACCCAGGAAGAGGAAGGGAGCUGUAGUGACCUUGAUCUCUCUAGGAUGACCUUGAGCCCAGGUACAUCCACAUCACCGUCUACUGAAUCUCCAUCCACUCCAGCGCCUCAGCAGAGCUCAUCUUCGGACUGCCCCCCCUCCCAGGCCAGUGACCCCCCCACGGAUCACUCCCCUGUAGACCCGGAGGGAAACGCCAGCAACACUAAGGAGGAAGACUCAGGCUCUGUUGUUGCAAGGUCGAUCUCUCCGGCGCCCAGUGGAGCUCCUGAUCCUCCGCAGGAUCAGACCUUUGUAAGCAUGCUUCCUGUGGUGACACGGAUGAGUGCGCUCAGUUUGCAGAGCUAUGUACUCUAUGUUGCCUUGAGCUUGGUGCUGCUAAGUGAAGUUGGCGUCACCACAGCGAGCGAUGAGGGGCCCGGUGUUCGUGAAACUCGGUCGGUGGGCGAUGAGGUGGUAGUUCAUCCAGUGGACUGUGUUUUAUCAGAGUGGAGCUCGUGGUCGCGCUGUGACACCUGUCAGAAAAAAAGAUUUCGCUAUGCUAAACUUGAGCAGCCGUCCCAGUUUGGAGGGCAGCCGUGCAAUUUUCACGGCAGGGAGGAGGAGGCCUGUAAGGUUCCAACCCGCUACACCUGCGACAACGUUCCUCUGUGUGAGGGAUUCCUCUGCACCCAAACAGGUCGCUGUAUUCCCAGGACUCUGCAGUGUAGCGGGGAGGAUGACUGUGGGGACAUGUCAGAUGAAGCCGGCUGUAAGAAGGUUUCCAAGCCCUGCAGGGAGGAAGCUGAAGAGUAUUGGGGAAUUGAAAACCUUGCCAAAGGGAUCAACAUUUUGAACAGUAACCUGGGGGGAGUGGUGCUUGAUAACAGAUACUACGCUGGCAGCUGCUUGCCUCACUACAUCCAGGAUGUCAGAUUCAGGAAGCCUUAUAACCUGCAACAGUACACAGUGCAGACAAAAGGCUCAUAUGAUUUCACCAUGGAGUCUUUUGAGUCAUACUCUAACUACAGGGAGCACACCAUAAAUGAGCGCAUGUCCCAAACCGUUGUUUCCUUUGGCUUCGCCAUUCCGGGGAUAGUUGAAUUUGGCUUCAACCAUAAGAAUUCCAAAUACACCAGAGCAGAAAAGAAGAUUCGCCGUGCAUCAGGCAAGACUAACAGCUUUGUGAGGGCCAAAGCUGAACUGGAGUUGGCCCAGUACAUGCUGAAGUCAGAUGAUUUGAUGCUGCACCCUGAGUUCCUGCAGCGCCUGCGCUCCUUGCCACAGACCUACGUUUACGGGGAAUACAGACAGAUCUAUAGGGACUACGGCACACACUACAUCACAGAGGCUGCCCUUGGAGGAGACUUUGAGCACACCAUCAUCCUCAACAAGGAGAAGCUCGCAAAAACAGAUUAUACUUUAGACGACUACAAACGCUGUACACAGUCAGGCCUCAAGGUCGGGGCCAACAUUUUCGGCGUUUAUGUGUCUGCUGGUGUUCACGGUGGAUCCUGUAAUGGCCUGCUGAAUGAGAUGGGAGAGGACACUGAGCACGGCAGCAUGGUGGAGGACUUUUUUGCAAUUGUCAGGGGUGGAAGUAGUGAAUCCAUCACUGCUUUGGUGUCUAAAAAGCUUCCGACCCCGCAGCUGAUGGGGCUGUGGGGUGAAAGCGUGCGUUUUAACCCUGACUUCAUUCGCCAAACAACACGGCCGCUGUAUGAGCUGGUGACCUCCAGGGACUUCUUCCAUGAUGCCACCCUGAAGAGAAACCUGAAGAGAGCGCUGUCAGAGUACCUGGAGGAGAAUAGUCCAUGUCGAUGUGCGCCCUGUAAAAACAAUGGAAAGGCUGUUUUGAGAGGGACCAGGUGUGACUGUGUGUGUCCGACUGGAUACUCUGGACAAGGCUGUGAGAUCACAAAUAGACGAAAAGAUAUAGCCACCGAUGGCAGCUGGAGCUGCUGGGGUGCGUGGUCAUCCUGCAGUGGAGGAAAAAAGACGAGGAGUCGACAGUGUAACAAUCCAGCACCCAGCGAUGGAGGCCUGGCAUGCAGAGGACUGCAGCAAGAGUCCACCGAUUGUUUUUAAAAUUGUCUCAAUAGCCCUGACAUAAAGAUUUAUAAGUAAAAUCCUCAUUUAAAAAUA